GCUGGUGGGGGGAGGGAGCCAGCGGAGAGGAGGAGAGAGCAGCCUGUCCUGGUCUCUGCCUGUCAAUCACGGCGCGGGAGGUGUGUCCGAGCGCGCAGCGGGCCAAUGGCGUGUGUGUGUGGCGGCGUCUCCAUGGUGACUGGGCUGUUCCUGGGGAGGCUGUGAUGGGUUGACAGGUGCGUGACAGUCGGAGCUCUCUGCAGGCAUGUACGGCAAAGGCAAGAGCAACAGCAGCGUCCCGUCCGACAGCCAGGCCAGGGAGAAGUUAGCACUGUAUGUAUAUGAAUAUCUGCUCCAUGUAGGAGCACAGAAAUCUGCGCAGACAUUUUUAUCAGAGAUAAGAUGGGAAAAAAACAUCACACUGGGCGAACCCCCAGGAUUCUUACACUCUUGGUGGUGUGUAUUUUGGGAUCUCUAUUGUGCAGCUCCAGAAAGACGUGAAACAUGUGAACACUCAAGUGAAGCUAAAGCCUUUCACGACUACAGCGCUGCAGCAGCUCCCAGUCCAGUGCUAGGAAACAUUCCCCCAGGAGAUGGCAUGCCAGUAGGUCCUGUACCACCGGGUUUUUUUCAGGGGCCUGCAGGUUCACAGCCUUCACCCCAUGCACAGCCCCCCACUCACAACCCCAGCAAUCCCACGAUGGGACCUCAUGGUCAGCCUUUCAUGUCCCCCCGAUACCCAGGAGGCCCAAGGCCACCUUUAAGGAUACCCAAUCAGGCACUUGGAGGUGUCCCUGGAAGUCAGCCAUUAUUGCCUAGUGGGAUGGAUCCAACACGGCAACAAGGACAUCCAAAUAUGGCCGGGCCAAUGCAGAGAAUGACUCCUCCUAGAGGAAUGGUUCCGUUAGGACCACAGUCUGACCCUUGGUUAUCAUUGCAGAACUAUGGAGGUGCAAUGAGACCCCCACUGAAUGCUUUAGGUGGUCCUGGGAUGCCUGGAAUGAACAUGCACAUGCAAGGACUCACUCUUUUUGCUAGUAGAGAUAACUGCUUUUCGAAGUCGUCCUUCUCUCUCCCUUUUGGUUUUUAUGGGGGUCCAGGAGGUGGUAGACCUUGGCCAAAUCCUACAAAUGCUAAUUCUAUACCAUACUCUUCUGCUUCACCAGGGAAUUAUGUAGGUCCACCAGGAGGGGGAGGGCCACCAGGAACACCCAUCAUGCCUAGUCCAGCAGAUUCAACCAACUCUGGAGACAACAUGUACACUUUAAUGAAUGCAGUACCUCCUGGACCCAACAGGCCUAAUUUUCCAAUGGGACCAGGGUCUGAUGGUCCUAUGGGUGGAUUGGGUGGAAUGGAUUCACAUCAUAUGAAUGGAUCAUUAGGCUCAGGAGACAUGGACAGUAUCUCAAAAAACUCACCCAGUAAUAUGAGCAUGAGCAAUCAGCCCGGGACCCCUCGCGAUGAUGGUGAAAUGGGUGGAAACUUCCUAAACCCCUUUCAGAGUGAAAGUUAUUCCCCCAGCAUGACAAUGAGUGUGUGAUCCAUUACCAAGUCUCUUCGUGAAGGCUGCACUGAGUUGGCCCUCUCCAGAGAGCUACUAAAGAAGAAAAAUUACUCAUCCCUGUGUACAGUUUAACAGAAAAGAUCUCAGCCACAAUUGGACCCACCAUUUUUUUUCCAGCCAUCUUUCCAGUUUUGUGAAGAAAGUGGGUCCUGAUUUGGUUUCGGCAACAAUAUGUGGCAUAUCAGAGCUGCCCAAGACUGAACUGCAAACAGUUAUCUGUGUAUGUAUAUGUAGGGAUAGGUGUAUGUAUGUGUGUGUUACAGAGACAUAGAUAUGCGCACAUACAUAUAUAGACCUGCAGGACGUUGUAAAUUAUCACACGACAUCUUAAGUAGAAAUAAGAAAUAGGGACUUUUAUUCCAUCUUUUUUCACGUUUACAUUUUAACUAUUAAAAGAACUGCUUCCCUCUCCCCAUCUGAACUGUUUUGUGCUGUGUAUAUCACUGCUUUGUAAGUUAUUUUUUAAGAAGAUCUCAGAUAAGUUCUGUUUUUUUGUCAAUGUCUGCCAUCAUGGAUAGGAAUAAAACUGCUUAUAAGAGGGCUCUCAUACAGUUGUGUUUGAUACCAGUAAACAUAUGAAUUGAAAACUUCACUAUCUCAAGAAACAGAAGAAAUGCAUUGAUCUUAUUAAGCAAGUAAAACUUGUCUUUUGCCUUUUUAAAAAGAAUGAGAGAGAGAGAGAAGAAAACAGAGGGAUGCUUUGCCCCUGUUUAUUCAUAGAUGCCUAAUGCUGCGAUCCUAAACAUACUUGCAUGGUGGUAAGCUCCACUGGUAUCUAUUAGAUUUUACUUCCAGGUAUUAUGUUACGGAUCGGAGUGCAAAUACUUCAAUAUUUGUUUUCAAGGGAAGUCUGAGCUUAAUCUCAACUUCUUGAUCUAUGCAGAGAAAUACAACAUUACUGUGUUGGGCUCUGGUUUGAUUGCUGUAGCAUCCAGCAAUAAAAGUGGCAGGUUUGGUAUUUCUACCUUUGGGGGAAAAAGAAACUAUUUAGAAUGAUCUUCCACAGCCAUAGUAAAUUAUUUAAAUGCUAUAGAUGUUACUGCUGAGGCACACUUUCCCCCUCCCCCAACAAUCUACUAUUGUAGCUGACUGGGCUGCUGACACUCGAAUCCCCACUAUCUGUAAUGCGAAGAAGGUCCAUCAACGUUUUGCUGGGACGAGGAAGAGAGAAGCUGUUGUCCUUUUCCCCAAUUCACAAUUAUUGGACCCAUUGACCAUUUCUCUCCCUUACCCUCUUGCCCACUCUCCACCCCACUGAAAUAUUUCCAUGUAAUUGUAAUUUCCAUGUUAGCUGUAAUGCUAUCAGAACUCCUUGGAUAUUCUUAAGGCCAUACAAAUAAUUAGGAUUACAUCAUUUCAAUGUAUCAUUCUUUAAGGAAUCCUAAAACUAAAUUUCUUGCAUCUCUUGAGGCUCAAUAUGAUGGAGCAAUUUAAAGCAUGCAAUACAUGGGGAAGAAAGAGCGUGACAGCCUCCCAUUUUCCUUCUUGCCUACCUGCCUUCCUUUCUUUUUUGGCCAGUAAUGGCUCAUGAAGAGAAUUUUAUUAUUAUUAUUAUUGUCUCUACCUUCCAAAUCUGCUUCAUUUUCUGGUGUUUCCCAAGUGAAACUAACUUCCUUUUCUGCAUCUCUUAACUAUUCCUCCUGGUAAAUAUGUAAACUUAACUCUAUUAAGGAUUGACGUGUAGAGAUCAUUAGGAAACUUGAGUUGCAUUCUAUCCAGUGCACCUCACAGAUAUUACAGAAGAGUAUUGAAUAAAGAACAGUGCUUGGUGGUGGUGUUCACCCUUUGAGAUUAACCUUACAAGAGACAGGAAGCUCCAUUUAACAUUUGUUGGUUUUAAAGCAAUUUUACCUGCAAAUAGUUAAACACAAGCAUAAAGUUUUAUACUAUUAGCCUUGUAGAGCUGAUUGAAGCAAGUUGAGAUGAAGGAGUAGAGCCAGGGGUUGGCCUGAUAAAACAUAAGUAUAAUAAGCCACCCCACUGAGCUCUGGCAAGCUUUACUGGGUGAUAGUGGAUAACCAAUCAAGGGGCUCAGUGCAGGGCUUUAUCCCAAAGCUUGCUGCAACCUACUACCAACCCUGUUGGGAUGUAUACAGUUACAUGUGCUUACCUCUUUGCAGAUAAGAUCUGUAGAUAUUGGAGGUGGGAAGAAGUAAAGAUCUCCAUUUACUGUAUUUUCAGCCACUCAUUUUUAUGCAUGUGAAGUGUUCUCUGUACCUACAUUUUCCGUGCACACUUUACAGUAAGCCACAUAGAAUAGUAUGCUGUAUGCUUAACAUGUAAAAUCACUGGCUGACAUCCUGGCUAAUGAAGCACAUGUGUAAGGAGGCUGCAGGAACAUGCUGGAGCCCUGCGUGUAUACUGUUGCACCAGAAGGUUAGCACUUCAGAGUACUGCUUGUACUCCUGAAGCAUGCUGCAAGAUCAGAAACAUGUCACUGAGUCAGUGAUGUGCUUCCGAUCCUGCAGAGUGCUUCCAGAUAGCAAGCCGUGGUUGGAGAUGUUGGGCAUCUGGUGCAACAGUGCUCAUGUAGGACAGGGAGAGUUGCAUGUGGGUUCCUAGCAUGGCUCACCCCACCCCACCCCCAGAACCUCCUCCUUGCACAUAAGAUUAAUCAGGAUGUCAGCCACUAUGUAAAAAAAUUGUAUUUUGUUUUGUGUGUUAGUUUCAAGCAAGUUGUUUAUAGAGGCUAGCAAUAUAGAGGACAUAAUUAAAAUAGGAGAUUGAUUUCCAAGCACUGAUUUCUUUCUUCUGCACUAAAUAACCAUGUGUACUGUCCAUAAACUAGCCUUAAUGCUAAGGUUCCCCCUCCUUCCCCAAAGAGGAGGAUGUGUGUGUAUGAGGGCCAUCCAAGAUGUAAUUGAUUUCUUCCAUGGGAGUAUAAAUGGAGUUUUAUUUCCAAAAGAGAGGCCUACAUGUGGAAACUGCUUAUGGAGGAAGUGUGAACUUGUGCACAUAUAUUGUUUUUUAUUUUAAAGAUAGAUAUGUUAUCAAAAUACCUGGACCUUCCUUCCAGAUCCUGCAUAUAAACCUGUCCUGAAAAUUUACAUUCAUUAGCAAUGCUGUUGUUGCAUAAUUUCAUAGCUUCAUCUCUCUGAAUCUUGCAAAACUCUACAGAUCCUUUAUUUACACCCAUAGUGAAGUGCUAGCAUAUUCUUUCGAAGACAGUAAUCAUUCUUUAAAGCAAAACUGCUUUUCCUGUCUAAAGCAUAAUUUUGUGAAGAUUUAACGUUUAAUGCCUGGUGCAGAAUGAGUUAUCAAGUAAUGGAGACAGAAUGGCAGAAGUAGAAGGUGAGCCUUUUUGUGGAGGCACUUUAUGUUCAAAAUGUGUUUGCCUUGUAAUUAGCAUGAGAAUGGUCUAAGGCUGAAAUCUGUUACUGCUCCUUUAACUUUUACAAUUGUGUUUAGUGUUAAAAGGUGGCAUAUUUACAGCUAUUCUUCUGCCAGCACUUGCCAAGUAAUGUGCUUUAGCCAUGGUCUGUUGUCUAGGAGCAAGUAUAGUCAAUAUUUUCUUCAAGCAUUUUCUUUGUUCAUAUUUGCCAAUGUUAUAUUUGGAAGCUUUUUCAUUUUUGUCUGUCUCUUAUUCCAUGUACAUCAGCCAAAACCUUUGUUACCACCAUCCCAGUCCAGUUUUGGGCAUAUCCUCAAACCUUGUUUGCAGGUUAAGCACCUUGUUAGUGUGAAAGUACAGCAAGCUAUGGUUUGCCACAAACCAGGAAGCAAUGAGUUAAGUGGAAUAUGAAAUGGGGAGGAAGGAGUGUGCAUGCACAGGGCUCAUUCCUGUAGCACUACCAAGCCAUACCUUUUGUUAUGUAAUACUGAACUAACACACAGUCCUCUUGAAAGCAAUGGAACUUAUAUGUUUACUGACUGCUAACUUGUUCACUUGGGUUUAAUGGGGCUUAGUAACAACUAUAACUAGAUCAAGGCUGUUGGUUAGAUCGAACUAGGAGUUCCAUCCCUAGAAAUGAUUUAGAAUGCAUCAGAAAGCUCAUUUGAGUCAACAGACCGUUUGCCAUCUCUGUGAUGAUAUGCCAAUAUGCUGUAUGUAGUGAGGCUAUGGGAUUAGAUGGUGAACUUUGAGGGACCAGUUACUGUUAAGCUGUAAACGUUACAUUUCUUUCAUUUGCUUCGUAACACAAAUUUUAGCCAAUAAAUUUUGUGCUGACUUUCCCAGA